ACACAAAUGUCUGUAAACAAAUUUGUUGGCACAAAUUUACACAUUGAACUCGUUGAUGGCAGACUGGUAGAAGGAGUUCUUGCUGUGGUAGACCCAUUUGGAAACUUGCUAUUAUCAAAUGUCUACGAAAUUGCUCAGGACAAAAUAAAACCAAGUGAGAUUCACCGGAGAGAGCUAGGGUUAGUUAGUGUCCCCAGCGACCAGCUAAAAGAUAUAUUUUUGGAUGAAAAUCAGUUACAUGUGCUAGAGAGCUAG